AUGGCCAUGACUAGUAUGGUUCCUAGCUCCAAUGUGGUAUAUCUUAGCUCGGAGGAUGAGGAAGAAGAAGAUGAUUUUCUGAAACUUCCUGGUAUUCAAAGGCCUGAGAGUUUGGGUAUACAACCCAGUAGUGGUGGCAAUCGACUAGUAGGAUUAAAAAGCAGCAUAUCUAGCGGCAGUUGGAAUGGGAUAGAUAAAAAUAGUAGUAGAGGUAUACCUCAGCCUGUAAUUUAUAAGAAAGAAACCCAAGAAGGUGAUAGUGAAGGAAUCAGUAGUGGUAUGAGCCUCCCAGCAGCACGCACCCUGAUAGAGGAGCAAGAGAAUAAGUUCGAUAGAGAGAUCGCAGUGCCAAAGAGCGUUAUAAAGCACCUCAAUUCAUUGAAAAACGGGGCUAAUAGAAAACUGCCUAGUGUAGAGUCAUUGGAUAUGAAAAAAGAGCCGAAGAAGGAAGCUGUCAUUCCAGACGAUGCCAUGGUUAUAGAUGUAGACAGUGUAGAUGAAGAUCAAGAUGAAAAUGAAGAUAAAGACGACAAAAGUGUGAAAAUGCCUGCAAAGUUAGAAUCCGUAGAACCUAUUUCGGAAGCAUCUCAGAAUGGUCUGGCAUAUCAAUCGAAGUCUGGCUCACCAGGGUAUGGUUUACUUUUCCCAAAGGCUGAGUUUGAAAGUAAAGUUGGUUCAACUUCAGAACAUGAUUCUCAAGAUAUAAAGCCAAGUCAUACGAUUGGUUCAGAUGUUAAUACACUGACUGUGAAUGAUGCUUUAAAAGAAAGUGACGACGAUGAUGAUGAUAUAGUGAUUCUUGCACCUGAAGAUGCAGCAAAGCAUUCUUUUAAAAAGUCAUCUUUUGAAGGGAGACCUAAUAAUCGGUAUGCACAUGAAGCUCAUCUUCGAGAGCUCCAGGAGCGACGUCAACGCCAAGAACGUGAAUUACAAAUGCGGUUUAAUCAACCAGUCGAUGCUCCACAUUGGGGACCAGAUCACGUUCCUACUGAUGUUGUACAGCAGAACUUAGUUCACCUCCAGUCUCGAUUGGACAUAUGUAGAGCUGAAAAGAGAAAUGUCCAAAGUGAAUUCGAGAGAUAUAAUGUUGAGAAAAGCAGAGCAACGGAACGUAAAUCUAAUCUUGCAACUGAAUUGGAAAACUACAAUGACGAGAGAACUGAACUUCUUGCUCAUAGCUCAAGCUCGAAUAACAAUCAAGAUAGAAUUAUAGUUCUAGAUUCUCAGAUACGCCAAAAGGCGAGAGAAAUGUUUGAGUUGGAUAGCUUCAUAUCUAGAUGUCAUACAAUGUUGCAAUCGCUAGGUAAUAGAUAUCAUUUGAUAAUAUCCAAUAUAAGAACUUUCGAAACGAAAUUUGUUCAAUUGCAGAUGAACCAAAAUAAUCCCAUGGCACAGCCAUCAUCUAUGAUCGAUAUCGAUGAAAGAAAUGGCGAAGUGUUGAGACAAAACUUGAUGGGAUUUGCAAAUAAUGUUUACUCAUCUCAGAGUGAUUCUAAUGAUUUACAGAGUCUUCUAAAUAAUAUUCAACCUGAAGAAGAAGAAGUGACCGAGGAAGGAUUGGAAAAAACUCCCGCCGAGAUGACGAUUACCUUAUUGAAACAUCAAAGGAUGGGGCUUUCUUGGAUGAUGAGGAUGGAAAAUUCGAAAGCAAAGGGUGGCAUAUUAGCAGAUGAUAUGGGUUUGGGUAAGACAGUUCAGGCAAUUGCAUUAAUGUUGGCACAUAAGCCUGAAGAUGAGAAUCUGAAGACUACACUAGUUGUUGCUCCAGUUUCUUUACUUAGGCAAUGGGCAGCAGAGAUUUCAUCAAAGAUUAAGCCAGAAUUCAGUAUGAAAAUUGCUAUUUAUCAUGGUAUUGCAAAAAAGAACUUGAGUCGAGCAAAAGACUUGUUUGCUUACGAUGUCGUUUUGACUUCGUACGGAACUUUAUCAUCUGAAUGGAAAAAGCAUUACAAGGAGCCAUUGGAGAAUGCGAGAAUCAGUAAACAACAGAAUGUGAUUCCUGAGUACAGAUCUGGUGGGUUGAGCUAUGUUUCACCAUUUUAUGAUCACUCGUCCAAUGCAUCAUUUAAUAGAAUAAUCCUUGAUGAAGCACAAGCAAUUAAAAAUAAAUUAGCGAUUGCUUCCAAGGCUGUACAUUUAAUUAAAUCAACUUAUAGGUUUUGCAUGUCUGGUACACCAAUUCAAAAUAAUGUUGAGGAACUUUUUCCAUUAUUACGGUUUUUAAGAAUUAGGCCCUACAAUGAUGAGCUUAAAUUUAGACAUACUUUCAUUCUUCCGUUGAGGGCUAAAGAUGAUUAUGAUGAUGUGGAGCGAAAUCCAGCACUCCAGAAAUUAAGAGCUCUUUUAAGGGCCAUUUUAUUGAGAAGGAAUAAAAAGACUUUAAUUGAUGGAAAACCAAUUUUGAAUUUGCCCGAAAAACAUGUCGAGGAAGUUAAGACUGAAAUGCAAAAUGAAGAGAGGGAAUAUUACAAAGAUUUGGAAGAUCAGACGAAGAGGGCAGCAGCUAAAAUGUUGGAAGAAGAGCACCUUUCGUAUUCUAAUAUUUUAGUUUUAUUAUUAAGAUUGAGGCAAGCUUGCUGUCAUAGCUUUUUGGUUGAAAUCGGAAAAUUGAAUAAAAUAGAGAAUAAAGAAUUAGAGGAGGGAAAGCUUCUGGGAAAACUCGAUUGGAAGAAAAUGUAUGAUCUGGUUAUGCAAUUCAGUCCAGGGGUUGUGGAAAGAAUUCAAGAAGAUGUUGGAGAUAGUGACACAAAAGAAUCGCUGGCGUUUUCGUGUCCUAUUUGCUUUGACGUAUUGGGUUAUGAAUCAGUCAUCUUGUUCCCAGGCUGUGGCCAUAUGAUUUGCAAGAAUUGCAUUGAAAAUUUCUUCGAGAGAUACGAAGAUGGGGAUAACCCCGAGGGUAGGAGAACUGCCAAAUGUUUGACGUGCAGUUCUUCCCCCACUAUUGUUAAGGAGGAUAAUUUGAUUGACUACAAUAUGUUCCAUAAGGUGCACCUGGAUAAGUUAAGUAAAGGCGAAGUGUUGGAAUAUUUUGAAGCACCAAGUGCAAAGAAGACAUCUAGUUCUCAAAAGAUUUUAAAGUUGGUAGCAGCGAAGGGAGGCAGGUUUACCCCCUCAGCAAAGAUGAAGGAAUGCAUGAAAUUGAUCAAGAAGAUAAAUUCAGAAAAUCCAGGUGAAAAGAUCAUAAUAUUUUCACAAUUCUUGGUUUUGUUUGACCUUAUGAAGCUAACGUUACAAAAUGAGAAUAUCUCAUUUUUAAGAUAUGAUGGUAGUAUGUCUAUAGAAGAUAAGAACGCCACAAUCAAGCGGUUUUAUCAAGAGGAGGAUACAAAGGUAUUGUUGUUAUCGCUUAGAGCGGGAAACGUUGGGUUAACAUUGACUUGCGCUUCGCAUGUAAUUAUUAUGGAUCCAUUUUGGAACCCCUUUGUCGAAGAGCAGGCUCAAGAUAGAGCGCAUAGAAUCGGCCAACAACGAGAGGUUUUUGUCCAUCGUCUUUUAAUUCCAGAUACAGUGGAAAAUAGAAUAAUGGAACUUCAAACUCAGAAGAAAGAAUUGAUUGCAUCUGCGAUGAAUGAUGAAGGAAUGAAGAACGUGAGUAGGUUGGGAAGACAAGAGUUGGGAUUUUUGUUUGGCUUAAAUAGUUUAUAG